AUGAGUGCGGCUCAGCCGAACGAAGCGGAGAAGAAUAUUGAGAUAUGGAAGGUCAAGAAGCUCAUCAAGCGCCUGGAGAUGGCCCGAGGGAAUGGAACCUCGAUGAUCUCUCUGAUUAUUCCCCCGAAGGAUCAGAUAUCUAGAGCCGCGAAGAUGUUGGCCGAAGAAUUUGGCACUGCUUCAAACAUCAAAUCCCGCGUCAAUCGACUUUCUGUCCUUUCCGCCAUUACGUCCACUCAGCAGCGUCUUAAGCUGUACAACAAAGUUCCCCCCAAUGGCUUGGUCGUCUACUGCGGUGAAAUCAUCACAUCUGAGGGCAAAGAGCGCAAAAUCAACAUUGACUUUGAGCCUUUCAAACCAAUCAAUACUUCGCUUUAUCUCUGUGACAACAAGUUUCAUACGGAAGCGCUCAGUGAGCUGUUGGAAUCGGAUCAGAAGUUCGGUUUCAUUGUCAUGGAUGGAAAUGGCGCGCUUUUUGGCACACUCAGCGGCAAUACUCGAGAAAUCCUCCAGAAGCUGAGCGUCGAUCUGCCAAAGAAGCACGGCCGUGGUGGUCAGUCAGCCUUGCGUUUCGCUCGUCUUCGUGAGGAGAAGCGUCAUAACUAUGUGCGCAAGAUCGCCGAGUUGGCCGUGCAGAACUAUAUCACCAACGACAAGGUCAAUGUCGCUGGCUUGAUCUUGGCUGGUUCGGCUGACUUCAAGAACGAUCUGAAUCAAUCUGAUAUGUUCGACCAGCGAUUACAAGCCAAGGUCAUCAAGGUUGUGGACGUUUCUUACGGUGGUGAGAACGGCUUCAACCAGGCUAUUGAACUUGCCGCUGAGACUUUGAGCAACGUCAAAUUUGUCCAGGAAAAGAAGCUUAUUGGAAAGUACUUCGAGGAGAUCAGUCAAGACACCGGGAAGGUCUGCUAUGGUAUCGAUGACACUCUUAAAGCCUUGGAACUUGGCGCAGCGGAAACCCUUAUUGUGUAUGAGAAUCUCGAUAUUACUCGAUGGGUCCUCAAAAGCUCUAGCGGCUCGGACGUUGUUAUCCAUACCUCCAAGGCCCAGGAAGCCAAUCGUGAGAUGUUCAUUGAUAAGGAGACCGGAACUGAGAUGGAAGUCAGUGAGCAAACUUCAUUCCUUGAAUGGCUCGCGGAAAACUACAAGGACUUCGGCGCAGCGCUCGAGUUCGUCUCCGAUAAAUCAACCGAAGGAAAUCAAUUCGUGAAGGGUUUCGGUGGAAUCGGCGCGAUGCUUCGAUACAAGGUCAACUUCGAACAACUUGCUGAUUUCGAAGAUGAGGAUGAAUUUUACGACGGUUUGUGUACUACACCUGUUACUCGGUUCACGUUACUAAUGCCUUCCCACUACAGAUUGACGGUUUAG